UGUGUGUUUUUCCCUCCUAAUCACGUUCAUCGUCUUCCGUUGAAGGUUUGUGAUCGUCUUUUCGUGUGAGUUUCUUGAAUUUUUAACGGUUGUUUUGUGAAAAUGAAAGAAAAAGAUAUGUUUGCUCAUGUUACACCUGAAGUGUGGGUGAAAAAUGAGAAAGAUUUGUUGAAAAAUGUCGAAUCUCUUUGGAACAUGGUGCCCUUAGUUAACAUCAGCGAUAUUAAUAGCCUUUCCGACCAGAGAUUGGUCAAGUUUCGUGGUAUGGUGCAGGAUACCUUAAAUGUGGAGUAUUAUCUAGAUCAGUACGAGGUAUACGAUAAAGUAACCAAUGAAACGAAAACAAAGACAACGAAGUUUAUGGAUGAAAUCGUUUAUGAUGUGCAGUGUGAAGUUUUUUCGUUAAUAAAUCCUGAUCACGUCUACGCGCUCAGACAUGUUUAUGUUGGCAUCGCAAUACCGGGAUUCAAUGCAUGGGGGCGUAAUAUCGAGCGGAAUCUUGGACUAGCCAUUGGACCAAGUCCAACAGCAAAACGAUCAAUAGAUCAUGUAGAAAUGUCUAUGGACGAAGCCAGCUCGACAUCUGGAUCUAAAAAGCAGUGUAUGUCGCAGGCACCGACUGACCAAAAAACCUUUCCCUACCCAGUACCCGCUGAAGAUCCUAAUUUGGAGAAGAAAUGUUUUCUUAUAUUGUAUGAAAAUACGAACGCAUUGAAAGUUACAGAUUUAGUCGAAGUUGUUGGUUUCGUCUCACGCACAGAGGGACCGAUUGUUAGAAUACAUUGUGUGACAUUUAAAAAAUUGGAUCACUGUAAUUUAACGACCUGUUAUACUCCAUUAGUGCAAAAUCAAUACCCUUCGUAUAAAAACGAUUUACACUUUGUACUAACUCAGUUGAUGUUGGGAGACGAGCUGGCGGCAGAGUAUUUGAUUUAUCAUUUGAUCUCAAGAAUAUAUACCCGUAAUGAUGUAUUUCCCAUUGGCAAGUUUUGCCUGAACAUAUCACAGGUACCCCCAAGCAUACUCAACGGGUUUGGUAAAGGUGUAAACGACUUCAUAGAACUAAUAGUGCCUGCCAGCAAGUAUGUGCCGAUGACCAUAGAAAAUCUCAAUACGCUUAGUUUCUGCACAAACAAGGAUUAUGAAACGGACACUUUAAAAACUGGAAUACUUCAGGUUGCACGUAAUACCCACAUAGUACUCGAUGAAACAAAAUUAGAAGCAGGCCAAUUAAACGAAUCUGGGAUUAAAGCAAUAAACGCACUUAGCAACGCCAUUGUAUUACAAUCUAUUGCUUAUGACUGUUUAAAUUAUUCUGUAAACAUGGAUUGCGACAUACCAUUUUUAACAAUAUCGGAAGGAAAAAGUCUGCUACCGAGUGACCAUCGUGUAUGUUUACAACCCGACCAAACUUGCCUGAGUGUUUACCCGGACAGUCAGGAAGCAGCAAAAAGGAUUUUGCAAAAUUUUGUAUAUGACCUGCGUCUUUACUUAACGCAGGCGCGCCACCAAGAACUUCAAUUCUCUGAUGAUAUAAUGGAGGUGAUCCAAAACGAUUUCGUGCGUUUGCGCCAAACUCGUUCCUUCGUCGCAGAUGAUCUCCACAGGCUGCUAGUAUUGUCACGAUUGAUCGCUAUAUCCGAUGGUAAAUCCACGCUAGACGUCGAUUCUUGGAGGAAGGCUUGCAAAUUGGACAAAGAACGAGCUAGCAGAAUCGAAUCUGUCUAGAAAUAUCCACUUUUAUAAAAGUAUAUGCAUCUUAAGUUUAUUUUUAUAUCAUUUUUAUUACUUGUUACUGAAUGUACUUUUUUUUUUUAUUAAAAACCCUUAAACGUU